CUGUGUCCGGCCAUGCGCAAUGGCUCAGUUUAAAUGAGAGGCGCGACAGAGGAGAUGAAGAAGCAGAAAUCAGGCCGGGCGGCGGCGGGUCUUCCGGCGGCUAUCGGGGCCCUCAGCCUGGCCUUACCUGGGGGGCGAAUCUCUCCGGAGACCUUCCGCUUGGCCAAGUUCGACCGGCCGGAGGCGAGUGUCAUUUUCUGGAAGCUGUUGUACGAUUUGCUGAAGCAGAUCCAAGGUGAAGAAUGGAAGGAGCCUGUUGAUACAGGCACCCAGAUCCGUUUUGUUAAGAGUGCGGCCUUCAGCCAUGGCUACAGAAGGCUGGAAUUCUAUGAACUCCCUUCUGAUGGUUUGGUGGGGAGCAGAGAGCUGCUGUUGGUAUUUUCUUGGUUCCUGUGGAGAAUCAACCUGGUGGAACAGCUUUUGAUGCUGAACAGAGUGAAGCUCUGGGAUGAAGUAACAGUAUGCACAUGUGACACCACCCGGAGAAGCUGGAGGGAAGGGAAAGACCUGGCUCCAGAAACCCACUGGGAAGGCCAAAGAGAUGCCCGAUACUUGCAGUGGAUAAAUGGCCGCCUGCAGUUUCGAUGGCGGAGUUGGCACGCCGAACGGCAGGAACUGUGCAAGCUCUGGCACAAGGUACAUUCAUACACAGUUGGUUCUCAUGCUAACUCCACAAUUGGCCAUUUCUCCGUCAUCGAAGCAGAUGCUGUGAGACAACCAGAUUCUUGCACACAGCUGCUGCAGUUGAUGGAGUCUGAAAGCUCCCGACUGGAAGCCUUUCUCAAGUGGAAACCCCUGGAGCUGGUUUAUUGGCGUUGGAUGGAGUCUGUUUUGGAUCCUGAAGCGGAAGACCUAGGACCUCGUAAUGAAUGUCACAAAUGCACCGUUUCAGCAAACUCUGGCCUGACUUGCCACAGUGUGGUCAGAAUGGCGGAAGAAAUUGACAGAUACAAGAGAGAUCUGCUGGCCCUCAGUGACACAGUGCGUGAACUCAUACAAUGGAGAAAAUUGAGCUGCCAAGGAAAGGCCAGAGUACAAAAGCGAGAACUGCUGGGCGAAGGGGAAUUCUGCAGAAUUGUCCAAAGAGCACAAGAAACCGUGAGGCGGAAACUAUCAGAUCUUAAAGGCCAGAGUAGUCCCGGCAGAGUUGACGGAGAGCACGGCCCGUACAGACUUGUAUUUACAGGGAAGCGUUCACACACCAUUAAAACUGCUUCCGUCUUGCCCGAGGCAAAGAGAGCUGUUGGAGAAGGAGUCACUGCAACCCACAUAAUCAGUGAGCUGCGGAAGAGAAAACUCGGACUAAUGGCUGAGCUGAAGCAGCGGCAGGAGGCGUGUCGGCGGAAGGUUGGAGACGCUAUCGAGGGGCUCGGUCAAGUGCUGUUAAUCGCACCAAUGAAAAGAUGAGAAGCAAGAGAAUGUGGACCAAUCACCAAAUUUGAUAAGGUUAUUUCACAAGGGGGGAGCAGGCUUUGGCCCCGGCCUCAGACACUUAACUUUAAAAACUCAGCUUUGGGCCACUGACUGAGGUUACUUCCCCAUUUCACUAGUGUGUAUCUCUUUCCUUCUUUUGACAAUGGCUAUUUUAUUUUUUAUUUAUUCCUGAUUCUGUGCAUGUGUGUCGUUUUGGAUCUUAUUGCAGAAUGUAUUUUUACAAUAUUCUGGACGUUGCCCUGUGUUUUAAUAGAGGAGGAAAAUAGAUAUAUACAGAGCUUUUUUUGUAGCAGGAACUCCUUUGUAGCAGGAACUUCUUAGGCCACACACCCCUGAUGUAGCCAAUCCUCCAAGAGCUUACAGGGCUCUUUUUACAGGGCCCACUGGAAGCUCCAGGAGGAUUGGCUACAUCAGGGGUGUGUGGCCUAAUAUGCAAAGAAGUUCCUGCUACAAAAAAGCCCUGGAUAUGUAUAUUUCACCCCCUCUAUUAAAACACAGAGCGAUGUAUAUAUAUUUCCUCCCUCUCUCUAUAUAUAUAUAAUUUAACUUUUGCAGUCCCCUUCCACCUCUUGUUUCCAGUGUCUGGGCAUUGUUCCAGAUCACUUUUGCUGAAGUUUUCCUGAGUGAGAGAGAACAGUUCCUAGUGUCCGGUUGCAAAGUGUAAAGGCAGGAGAUACUGGUUCUAAAAGUUAAGAGUGGGCAGCAUUUUGAAACAGAUGAAAAGCGCCACAAAUUGUUAAAACAAGGGGUGAUCAUCAAAUUAGGGCAGUUUUGGAAAGAAACUCUGACCCUUUGGACUUCUCUUUGGACGCACUCUGACGAAUGGAAUAGCUGUUGAGUAAUCAGGGCAGAGGGGUCCAGCUUCUGAACUUCUCCCUCCAGUCAGCAACAUCAUAAACACAGGUGAUUUUUUAAAAAACCCAAACUAUAUGUGCUAUAGGGAUUUGAGAAAAAGCACACCUGCACUUUGGAAUGUGGAAAUAAAAUUAGAAACUCAUUCAAAACAAGCUCUUUAACUUUGCGUCACUGCUUGGGCUAGUUUUCAAGGAAUUGCUGUUACAUUGCUGUUGCUGUAGCAAUACAUAGAUAUAUUUUUCCAGCUUCCCUAAUUCUUGUGGUUCCAGAAGUGCAUACCUGUGGGAUUGAAAAAUAAUAAUAAUAAAGAGGAACAACCCCCAAGCUUUUUCUUUGCCUUGGAAAUCUACCAAAUUCAAUGUAUAAUCAUUGAAGCAAUGCCUCUGGAUUAAAAAGAGAGAAUGAAUCCUAAUUGGGAUGGAACUGAAAGAACCCCCACCCAUUUGUCAUUAAAGUUCCCUGUUCAGACUCCUGCAGUAACCAAAAGCUGGUUAAUAUCACUGAUGGAAUUAUAGAUGACCCCAAGUUAAAACUCAUAUGUGGACUUAGAAGAAUUAGAAUAUGGACAAAGACAAUGCAACAGUUGAACAUCUAAAGAAAUGAAAAGAAUAUGAGAGAAAUCCUAAGCACAUCUAUUUGGAAGUACAUUCCAUUUUUCUCCAUGCAAUCUUGGGAUUGCAACUUUUAUCUUGGAGAUUUCCCCCCCCCCUCUUUAAUAUGGCAUUUUUUUGUUUGGGUCUGGAUCUUUUAAAUAAAAAACUGGAUUCAACAGCA